AACGUAACGGUCACUUUUUGUGUCGUCUUCAACCUCAGAUUUCGCUUAAAAAUUUUCACGCUCGGAACACUCAACAUACAGCAAAGCAACAAUGAAACGUUUCAACGAAGAAGAAGAAAGCCUCAUUACAACUACAGCUAAAGUGAUCGAGUACUUAGAGCCGGUGAUGUCUCGAGAUCUGCUCUGCAAAUUCCCCGACCACUCAGCUUUCGACUUUGACUACUCACAGAGCUCCCUCUGGUCUCCUUUAGUUCCUCGCCAUUACAGCCCCAUGGACACAAUGACUCCAUUAAAGCUCUCGUAUGAUGAUAUCGGAGGUGGGUUUGAGUUGGAGAAUAAGAUGAGGAAUCACAGGGCCAAGAAAAUUAGUUUUGGUUCUGUUUUCAAGAAGAAACUCAACAAUAAAGUCGAUAUUUUGAAGCAGAUUAUGAACAGGAAGAAGAAGAAAACGGUGCAUGUUAUGGCCUCUGACUUCUCUCCAGCUUCUGUUAAAGGCUCUUGUGUUCCUCUCUCCUCUAAGAAAUGGACUAAGAUGCUGAAAGCUGCAUCAAAACAAUUCAAGAAGACGAAGAAGAAGAUGGAUCCUGCAGUUCAUAUCAAAUUGUCCAGCUGCUUAAGAGAUUGAAGCCAUUUCUCAAAUUUCUUGUAGUUAAAUAGUAUUUGUUCGGUGGAAUUAUUGUAUUCUUUGUUCAUUCCCAGAAAAUAUGAAAGUAUUUUCAGAAUAUUUUGGCAAUAUUAGAAAUUGAUAACAAAUACUUUUGAUCGUUUUGAUCUUCAA